UUCUCUGAAACACAGGACUGCUCCGGUUUCCGGCGGCGGCGGCGGCGGCGCGUUGAGAUGGCUGACGGCACGGAGAGCGAGCAGGCCGCGGUUGUGGUGAACGGGAAUCCUCCGCAGCUGACGAAGAGCGCAAGGAAGAAGCAGCUGAAGCAGGAGCGGCAGGCGGCGCGGAAGGCCGAACGGAAGGUGGCCGAGAAGGCGCGCCGGCGCGCCGACAUAGAGAGGCGGAGGCGCGAGUGGGAGGAGUCGCUGGCCGCGGCGCCAUCGGCGGAGGCGCGCGAAGAGAUGCUGGCGGCACGCAGGGAGACACGGCUCGAGCGGGUGGGGAAGCACGUGGAGGAGCGCGGCGCGCGUGCAGAGAGGCUCCGGCGUGCCGCCGAGGGCGCCGGGCAGAAGGUGGUGCUCGACCUCGAGUUCGCCGACCUUAUGCGGCCCAACGAGAUUCACAGCCUCACCCAGCAGAUCAUGUACUGCUAUGCAGUGAAUGGAAGAUCAGCAACCCCAGCUCAUCUAUGGUUGACAGGGUGCAGCGGAGAAAUGGGGACCCAGGUUCAAAGGAUCCCUGGCUUUGAUAAGUGGAUCAUAGAAAAAGAGUCCAAGUCCUAUCUUGAAGCAUUUGCAGAUUGUAAGGAAAAUCUUGUGUAUCUUACAGCGGAUGCUGAGACUGUGCUUGAUGAUCUAGACAUGUCGAAAAUAUAUAUUAUUGGUGGUCUGGUGGACCGGAACAGAUGCAAGGGCAUAACACAGAAAAAGGCAGUUGAUCAGGGCAUUCAGUCCGCCAAGCUCCCCAUUGGAAAUUAUUUGAAGAUGUCGAGUUCUCAGGUUCUUACCGUCAACCAAGUGUUUGAGAUCAUGCAAAAGUUUGUGGAAACAAAGGACUGGAAGACUGCAUUCUUUCAUGUGAUCCCACCGAGGAAACGAGGAGAAGCUGGAGCUGCAGACGACGAGGCCGAAGCAAGCCUGGGCGAUGAUGCUGCACUUGAAGGGACUACAAACGGAGAUCAUCCCGAGGGAGACCUUGAGAAGUCCUCUGAUGAGGAAGCAGAUGAUGAUGAUGCUGGUGAUGAAGAAGAUGGCGUCGCUAAGAAAAGGCACUGUGUUAGAAGUGAAAAUGGGAAGUGUUAGUACCACUCUUCCGGAGCUGUGGUGGACUAUGUUAUCUUCCGGGAAGAGCAGAGCGAAAGAGCAAUCCGCUGCGCUGUCGACUGAAAGAUGACUCAUGUCCAGGUUUAUCGUUAUAUUAGUUUUGCAGUACUGCUUCGUUUACUCUGGUUUGUGUUUUUGGGAGUGCUCUCUGUUCUCUGCUCUCGUGGUACUCCUAUUUCUAUUGCUUUAUCAGCACUACUACCUGUACUUUGGGGCGGAGGGAGUAAUGAGCUAUGCUAAACGUGACUCUGCACAAAUAGAACUACAGAUAAAUAGAGUGCUCUCUUGUCAUC